AUGAAGUUUUUCAUUGAUGAUCUGCCCGUUCUCUUUCCUUAUCCCCGCGUCUACCCUGAACAAUAUGCCUACAUGUGCGAUCUUAAACGAACCCUCGAUGCCGGAGGUCACUGCGUCCUGGAAAUGCCUUCCGGUACCGGCAAGACCGUUUCAUUGCUAUCUUUAAUCGUUGCAUACCAGCAGCACUAUCCGGAGCACCGCAAGCUCAUCUAUUGUUCACGGACCAUGUCAGAGAUCGAGAAGGCCUUGGCUGAGUUGAGGUCGCUCAUGAAAUAUCGCUCCAAGGAACUCGGCUUCACAGAAGACUUUCGAGGUUUGGGUCUGACGAGCAGAAAGAAUCUCUGUCUACAUCCGUCGAUCAAGCGGGAGAAGAGUGGCGCGGUCGUUGACGCGAGAUGUCGAAGUGUCACAGCUGGUUUCGUCAAGGAGAAGAAAGAGCGAGGAGAGGACGUUGAGCUGUGUGUCUAUCACGAGAAUCUGGAUCUUCUCGAGCCCCACAACCUCAUACCUCCAGGGGUAUUCACCCUGGACGAGUUGUUGCAGUAUGGCGAAGCACACAAACAGUGCCCCUACUUCUCCGCCCGUCGGAUGAUGCCCUUCUGCAAUGUCAUUAUCUAUUCUUACCACUAUCUCCUCGACCCUAAAAUUGCGGAACGUGUCUCGAAAGAGCUGUCCAAGGAUUGCAUUGUUGUCUUCGACGAAGCCCACAAUAUCGACAACGUUUGCAUCGAGUCGCUAUCCAUUGACUUGACAGAAGAUUCCCUGAGGAAAGCCACCCGUGGCGCUAACAACCUCGAGCGCAAGAUCGAGGAAAUGAAGGCGUCGGACGAGCAGAAACUCCAGAAUGAAUAUCAGAAGCUCGUGGAGGGAUUGAGAGAAGCAGAUGAAGCCAGAGUAGAGGACGCCUUUAUGUCCAACCCGACGCUACCUGACGAUCUGCUAAAGGAAGCCGUGCCAGGCAACAUUCGGCGAGCCGAGCAUUUCGUGGCUUUCCUCAAACGUUUCAUCGAAUAUCUCAAGACACGCAUGAAAGUCUUAUAUGUCAUACAAGAAACACCGCCUUCAUUCCUAGCACAUCUAAAAGAGUUGACCUUUAUCGAGCGCAAACCCCUCCGUUUCUGUGCCGAGAGACUGACCUCUCUGGUCCGCACACUAGAAUUGACGAACAUCGAAGACUAUCAACCAUUACAGGAAGUGGCCACUUUUGCGACACUCGUUGCAACCUACGAGACCGGCUUCCUCUUGAUCCUUGAGCCAUUCGAGACCGAGCAAGCGACAGUGCCAAAUCCUAUACUGCACUUCGCCUGCCUCGACGCAUCCAUUGCAAUCAAACCAGUUUUUGAACGUUUCUCCUCUGUCAUCAUCACCUCAGGCACCAUCUCUCCCCUAGAGAUGUAUCCGAGGAUGCUCAACUUCAGCACGGUCACGCAGGAAUCAUAUCCCAUGUCACUUGCCCGACGAUCAUUCCUGCCCAUGAUUGUAACUCGAGGUUCAGAUCAGCAAUCUAUCACAUCGGGCUUUCAGUCUCGGUCUGAUCCAGGAGUGGUGCGGAAUUACGGUGCGUUAUUGUUCGAAUUUGCCAAGAUCACCCCGGAUGGUAUCGUGGUCUUCUUCCCGUCCUAUCUAUACAUGGAAAUGAUUAUCAGUAUGUGGCAGGGCAUGGGUAUACUGGAUCAGAUAUGGACCUACAAGUUGAUCUUGGUGGAAACGCCUGAUGCUCAAGAGACCAGCCUUGCGUUGGAGACUUACCGCACUGCGUGUGAAAAUGGAAAGGGCGCAAUUCUACUGUGCGUCGCUCGCGGAAAAGUGUCCGAGGGAAUCGAUUUCGACCACCAUUUUGGUCGCACUGUGUUGUGUUUGGGUGCCCCUUUCCAGUACACUGAGUCCAGAAUCCUCAAAGCCCGCCUGGAGUUCUUGCGGGAGAACUACAGAAUCAAGGAACAAGACUUUUUGUCGUUUGACGCCAUGAGACAUGCAGCUCAAUGCCUGGGACGAGUCCUGCGGGGAAAGGAUGACUAUGGGAUAAUGGUUCUCGCCGACCGCCGGUUUCAGAAAAAGCGGACUCAACUGCCUCGGUGGAUUGCAGAAGAAAUCACAGAUGGCCAGACUGGGUUGAGCACUGAUGCUGCAGUGGGUAUGGCCAAGAAGUUUCUGAGGACAAUAGCUCAGCCGCUCCGACCCGGCCAAAAGCUUGCAGACGGUUCAACUAAAGGCAAAGAUAGCUGGGACCUGGCGGAGUUGGAAAAUUUCCAGAAAGAACAGCGACUGAGACGCGGUGAAGGAGACAUGGGAAGGGAAGAUGCCACGAUGCACGAUUACAUGCACAGCGAGGUCAACGGGAUGCCUGUGCGUAAUGGAACCAAUGGUCAUACUCAGGGGCCAGAAGAGUUUGACGAUGACAUUGCUGAUGAAGACCUUCUUAUGGCCGAAGCUAUGAUCGUGGAAUGA